UGGAUCAGAAGCUGUAUCAAGUUGCUGGCAGAAAAUUUCUGUCGAGGGAUCAGGCCUCCUGACAAAAUGGAAUGGAACGCAACUUGUGAACACUGGCAGGCCGUGCAGACUGCCCUGGAAAGCUGCUACCUUCCCAUUUUUUAUGGCAUUGAGUUUGUUGUGGGAAUCUUUGGGAAUACUGCUGUUGUUUUUGGCUACCUCUUCUGUCUGAAGAACUGGAACAGCAGUAACAUCUACCUCUUCAACCUCUCUAUCUGUGACUUGGCUUUUUUGUGUACCCUUCCCAUGCUGAUGAGACAGUACGCCCAGAGCAAAUGGACAUACGGAUAUGUGCUGUGUAUAAGCAACCGAUAUGUACUUCAUGCUAACCUCUAUACCAGUAUUCUUUUCCUCACUUUCAUCAGCAUCGAUAGAUAUCUGCUCAUGAACUAUCCUUUCCGGGAACACCUCCUGCAAAAGAAAGCAUUUGCUAUUUUAAUAUCUUUGGCCAUUUGGGGUUUAGUAACCUUAGAGCUCCUGCCCAUACUUCUUUUUAUACAUUCUGAUGACAACAGCAACAACUGUACUGAUUAUGCAAGUUCUGGGGACCCCAAUCACAGCCUCAUUUAUAGCCUGUGUCUAACCUUUCUGGGCUUUCUCAUUCCCCUUUUUGUGAUGUGCUUCUUUUAUUUGAAGAUUGCUAUCUUUCUAAAGCAGAGGAACAGGCAGCUCACUACAGCUUUGCCUCUUGAGAAGCCUCUCCACUUAGUCAUCAUGGCAGUUGUGAUCUUCUCUGUGCUUUUUACUCCCUACCAUGUCAUGCGAAAUGUCCGGAUUGCUUCACGCCUGGAGACCUGGAAGAAGUCCCCAUGUACUGAAGCCAUCAUCAACUCCUUGUAUAUCCUGACAAGGCCGUUGGCCUUUCUGAACAGUGUCGUCAACCCUGUCUUCUAUUUCCUUUUGGGAGAUCACUUCAGGGAUAUGUUGAUGAAUAAACUGAGGCACCACUUCAAGGCCCUUACAUCCUUCAGAAGAUGAGCUCAUGGACUAAUAUUUUCAUUCGAGAAUAGUGAGAUGUCUGUGUAGCAGAUUGUUUUACAGAAGCAGCUGUACGUUGGUUAGAGUUUAACUCAGACAUAACUCAGAGAGGCCCACAGACUUGACCCUGGUUUAAAGGCAUGCUGGACUGGACCCAGGGUGUGUGAAAAGAAGAUGAUGGAAGGUAUUUAUUGGUUUCUUGACCUAAGCAUUGAAAGGAGUUGGACUAGCACUGUCUAAUGUUUGAGCACAUAAGUCCAAAAUUCUACAUGAUAUAAGACCCUCUCAAUCAGUGUAAAAGGAACAGAAGAUAAAGUUGCAAGUUGUUUGUGUUUAAUCACUAGUCAGAUUGUAAAAAAAAAAAAAUUGUAUUGGCAAUAUUCUGUAAAUUAUUCGAGUGUGUGUGUAUAUGUGUGCAUGUGUUAGUUGCUCAGUCGUGUCUAACUCUUUGUGACUCCGUGGACUAGAGCCCUCCAGGCUUCUCCAUCCGUGGAGUUCUCUAGGCAAAAACGCUGGAGUAGCUUGCCAUUCCCUUCUCCAGGGGAUCUUCCUGACCUAGGGAUCGAACCCAGGUCUCCCACAUUGCAGGCAGAUUCUUUACUGCUGAGCUACUGGGGAAGCCCAUACAAUGUUAUUCAUACAAGGUUACUCAUACAAUUCCAUAAUUUUUUGUGAAGACCAAAUAAGAGAAGAUUAGUCUUGUGCUGUUAAAUAUUGUUGCUAGAAGUUGUGCUCUUGAGCAAAUUUAGAGAUAAUAGUAGCAACAAAGAGCAGAAAAAAUGUAACUUGUUCAAAUAUGCCCAUAUUUCUUUAUAUUGAUUAAGAAUUGGGGUCCAGUUGUAAUUAUAAGUUCUCUUUUGUUGUUAUACGGUUUUUAGCACAAAUAAUCAUAUUAAAUAGAACCUAAAGAGAUGAUUUCAUAGAGGCAUAUUUGAGCUCAGCUCUCAGGGGACUUAGGUAUAAGUGGCUUUAUAAAAAUAAUAGAGUCAGAUACCAAGGAUAACUGUAAAAAUUCCAAAGUCAUAGAACACAAAGCACCUACCAGGAAACUCAAAGGAAGACAAAACAAAACAAAGUCAGUGCACUGUUUUUAUAAUCAGUGUACCAUCUGGUAUUUUAUGAUCACAAUGUGAUUUUCAGUGCAUGGAAAUAUAUUAAGUUCUUUAGCCUUCCUGCUCUUGAUUAAAUAGUAAACUUUGAAAUAUAUUAAUAUCAUAAAACCAGAAAAUAAGAGGAAGUGAAAUGGUAACGUCAAAACUUAUUGAGUUAAUUAUUUUCCGUUUUGGGAGAGAAAAAUCAGUUUUUCUACACCCGCCUCCUUGCCCCAAAUACACACACACUUAUUUUUUUUUAAGCAAUGGGAUAAUUUACAAGGACAAUUUUAUCUUGAGAGAGUGACUCAUAUCUGCAAUGAGACUUAUUUUCAUAGAGUAUUACCUAAGACUGUUGGAGAAAAUGUUUUAAACAAAAUACACUAUAUGAAUUUGCAAAAUGUACAGAACAUUUAUGUACCUAUCAAUAUAGAUUAUUCCAAGAGGGUUAUGUAAACACUAUCCCAUGCCACAAAUCAAAUUUGGAGAGGGUGAAUGAGUGCUGCAUUAGCUAUUUAGAGUUUAAAAGUAUCAUAUAAUAAUUUACAUAUCACAUGCAGUAAAAUGUGUGAAUGGCCACAUGCCUAUGCUCUUUUCCUUAAGGUCAUUAGCUGUAAUGCAAAGGAUAAAAAUAAGCAUUAUAGGAGCAAAGACAUAAAAUUCCAUGUCUCCCCUGUUUUGAGGUUUCCUGGUAACAUUAUAUCCUGACAUUCCAAAACCCCAAAAUGUCCCCAUUGAAAUAUUGUAAAAAAAACAUUACUUACAAAGGAUUUGUUUUCCUACCUAACCUUAGGCUUUUAAAUUUUUUUUUUUCGUUUGUCAAUAAUUUUAAAGUGUCAAUGUCAUUUUAUAACUGCCUGGUAAAAGUUGAUCUUCUGAAUUUUUUUCAUUAGAAAAGGCCACAAGAAAGGGUCUUAGGAAAGAUUCACUUAUCUGCAAACAUAUAAUUUAACUGUAAUUUGCAUCUGAUGCAUUGAUUUUCAUCUGUAAACAUGAAAUUAAAUUUGUGCCAUACCUAUCCCAAGAAUUGGUAGGGGUAAGCUUUUCUAAUAGUAUAGUGAAAUAUUUUGUGAAACUAUGAACUCUUACACAUAUUUUAUAAGCAAAAUGUUAAUUUUAUAACAUAUUUCUUAUUUUUUGUUCAAAUUUGUCAUGUGACAAUGUAAUCCUUAACUGAUUAAAGUGAUCUGCAUGGAAGUUACAAGAACUAUUCCAUUUGCAUUUUGUACCAGGUGAUUACAAUUGCAAGCAAUAAGUAAUGAAUGGAAUCUGAAACAAUAAAUAAUG